GCCGACCACGAUGGGUAGACGCGGAGAAGAUAAAGAAAAGAAAAAGAUCAGAGACAGACGCUAUGAUGCUGAGCUCAAGAAAGCGUUUCAUCAUCUGAGACAAGUAGUGCCGCGUGUUCAGCGGAAUUCCACUCGUGGACAGAUUUUGCAAGAGGCCGUCAAGUACAUAGGAAUCCUUGAGAAGAAAGUUGUAGAUGCAGGGCUGUGGUCAACUUUACAGCCAUUAGAGGCUCAAAGGAAUGCUCAGUUUCAAGGCGUUACUGAAGAAACCUCUACAGCUAAAGAGAAUAAUGAAAUAUUGAUGGACAAUUUGCUGUCGUCCGUGAGCCACGAUGAUCCUGAUAUUUGCAGCAAUUUGGGCGUUAGGACUCUAACAGAGGAAGAAUGUUGUGAAAAUCCCCAAGAAGAAACAUCAACGGUGCUAACCUCGCCUCUAAUAUUAAUCUCAUCGAUGUCACAACCGACAGAAAAAGGUACAUACUCUUUUGUUAGUCCUGAAGAAGCUGCAUUAUCCGUUGAUCCUGUGGAUACUAACGAAGUGAGUAUAACAGAGUCGGAGUUUCCCUUGUCAGUUCCAUUACAACAAAUCCAUUUUUUGAACACGGAUCAAAACGACGAGACUUCUGUAUUAGCCUUUCAGUCACCAGACCAGCUCUCGUCUCAAGAACUUCACACUAGAUUGAUUCCUGUGGUAGAAGUCCCUGCCUUCACUGAUGACAGUGUCUUCCCGGGGAAGUCCCACGAGGUACAGACGUCCCCGCAGCAUGACUCGUUCCUGAGUGCCGUGACAACAAUAAGCCAGGAGGGUUUGAGCGAUCUUGGUGUCACCUUGUCACCGCUUCUUUCUCCUCUGGGAAUUUUGUUCUCUCCUGGAGGGGAUCGUCGUCAGGACCCUGCCAUCGCUUUUCUGGUGGAGAGUAAGGAAGACACCGACGCGGAUUUUGCGAUUUCUAGUUCAAGUAUUGAUCCUACCUCCAACGACGUGAUGUCAAGCAUUUGCUCGGACAUGACUUCCAUAGCAGCCUCUGUAGAAGUUACUACAGCACAGAUGGGCAAGAGUGCUCUGCGAAGUAGCAAGAUAAGGAAAAGUCCAAGAUCAAGUUCGAUACAAAUUGUACCGUCUAUAUCGCCUAAGCUUGCUGUUCAGUCAAAACGUAGCAGUCCUCGAUAUCGUGACAGGCGUGUCUUGCAGGAUCAAAGUAAUUAUGAAGAAGCAAAUUCUCCUUUGAUUGCGAGUGGAAGGGGACGCCGGAGAAAUUCGAAUAACCGUUCUCCCGAGCUGGCCUCUUUUGAUCAUACCGACGAGAAUCUUUGCUUCGCGAUGGACCAUAGCCGCACGCCGCCCAGUAGCGUGUCAGGUGUCUUACUCACUGGCAAGAAAAAGACAAGUUCCCGUGCGAGAGAAGGAACGAAGAGGGGGCGGCGUAUUUAGCUGUUAUCAACUAUUCGUUACAUACGUAUACGCGAGGUAAACGUUUUGAAAUGGUAUGAAUUAGGCAGUUAUGACAUACAUAUCUGAAAAGUUGCUGUAUAUUUUCAUUACGCUAUGUAUCAUAAACAUAAGAAGGGGUAGGGCGAUCAAGCACAGAUUCAUAAGAUCAUUUUACUGCCAAUGUUCGAAGUAAUGUUAUCAAAUAUUGACUGAAUUCUACUUUUCAAACUUCUUGCGUUAUGUUACAUAAUAGCGGCAGAGUGGGUAGGAAACACCUCUAAAGGUGUUACUUGUAGUACACGGGAAUGCAUUAUUUCUUCUUCACGUGGUCUAGUCAAAUCGCGUCAAAAUGAGAAGUUAGCCCGAUAUCUAAGAAACAUUUGGAGGUAAAAACAUAAUAUUCAUCACUGUUUCUCUCAUUACCUGCGUUUUAACGGGAAGCCAGCUUUAGAGUACAUUGGUCAUGCGAUUCUUGCAACCUGAUGUAUUAAGUUCACAUACAU